UCUAGUCCAGUGUCUAGAAGCCGAGAACAGAGCACCAUCGAGGGGUCUAACUGGCUGUCAACAGAGUUACUACGGCAGUCAUGGCGGCGCCGUUAGCCCACUUCGAUGAGGACUGGCAGGAUUUUAACGAGUUCAAGUCGUCCUCGGCGUCGGCCGACCAGCUGGACCAGCUGAACUCAAACGUGAGCGAUCCUUCGUCGGGCCUAGACGAUUUCUCAGACCUGGACAACAGUUUCUCCGGGGAGAUCUGCAGCUUCAAAUCGAUGGAGGACCUCGUCCACGACUUCGACGAGAAGCUGACAGUGUGUUUCCGAAACUACAACAGCACGACAGAAAACAUAGCCCCCAUUAAACCCAUCACAGAGGAUAGUUACUUGAAAGACGACGAAGUGUGGAACGCUCUGACAGAUAAUUAUGGCAACGUGAUGGCUGUGGACUGGAAGACAUCGCACACUCGCUCCCUACACCUGCCCACCCUCAACAUCACUGAGCAUGAGAAGUUGGAUAACCAAUCUCUGGAUCUGUCUGACGACGAGGAGCUCAGGGAGCAGAUGGAUAUGCACUCAAUAAUCGUCUCCUGCAUCAACGACGAGCCGCUCUUCACAGCCGAACAGGUGAUCGAGGAGAUAGAGGAGAUGAUGCAGGAGUCUCCAGACCCAGAGGACGAUGAGAGUCCCUCACAGUCCGACCUGUCCAUGCUCUCUCAGGACCUCCACGCCCUGAAACGCUCCGGCUCCAACACCAGCUACGAGGACCGGCUGCAUCAGCUGUCUGUGUCUGAACUAACCGAGACUCUGGAGGAAGUGGAAACGGCCAUCCGCCGCUACAGCGAAGAGCUGAUCCAGGCUCUGGCCCUGCGAGACGAACUCGACUAUGAAAAGGAGGUGAAGAACAGCUUCAUCUCGCUGUUGAUCGACGUGCAGAACAGACAGAAGGAGCACCGCGAGCUGCUGCGGAAGAAGAAGAAAAUCCGAAGUACGACUACAACCGGGCCCAACGGCCAGAGGACCACCAGCACGCACAUACCAGGCACGUACCUAACCACAGUAAUCCCUUAUGAGAAGAAAGCUGGCUCCCCUGUGGUAGAAGACCUCCAGAUCCUCACAAAGAUCCUCCACGCCAUGAGGGAUGACAGUGAGAAGGUUCCUGCCCUGCUAACAGACUACAUUCUCAAAGUGCUUUGUCCCACGUAAAGCCAAAGGAAAGCCUCCUGUUUCCAGAACCAUUCAUUGGACCAUCAGAAGACGGUUCUGGUAAUCUGGAAGAACCCAGAUAAUGGAUUCAAAAUCUUCCUUUCUACUUCUUUCUUUUUUUCUUUCUUUCAAACCAUAGACUUUCUUUCCUUGUGGCAUUUUUUUUUUUUUUACUCUGCCACUGUUGUUGUUCUUACAGUUUUAACUCUAGAUAUAACCUCCUUGGUCUGUAUAGUUCUUUUCAUAUGUAAUGUUUUAACUUUUUAAUGCCUGAGUGAUACAAACCGGUAACUCCUGACUGCAUGAUGACUUGUCUAUGGAUGCCAGUAAUCAGUAUUAGUCUGAACACCUCACUUCCUGAUUAGCCAGUGGCUCUUGAAUUGAGAAGGGGCAGGGCUAUAUUUUAAUUCCAUGGGCUUCAUCAGCAGGCCUGUGUGAGGGGAAACUUUUUGUAAAUCAAAUGCAUUUGCAUCAGUGUAGCUCAAACCUGACGGGGGAAAAACAAAUCCUGGGGGAAUCCAGGCCAGGCUGGUCGUGGUAUUGAGCAUAAAUCCUGUGUUUCCUGUAUGAAAACCUUCGCUUUAAUGGCAUUUGCUGAUUGAUUACAUAUGUCUCUGGGGUUGAAAACUCUGCCUGCUAAAGAUUAAAGAGCAAACCCUUUAACUUUGAAAUCGUAGGUUUACCCGUCUUUGCAUGUUGGUUUUGGGUUUAUGCUCAAUUUUGGCUGAUAGUUGAAUGUUAAAAUGAAAUAUUUUGUAUACGAAUAAGAGAAAUUGCAGUUUUUGGAUCUUUUUACUUUUUGAAAAAGGGAAGAAAAAAAAAGUUCAAAUGACUUAAGAAGGUAAAAGCUGGAUGAACAAACAUAUAAAACAUAUUUUUGGAGAAGGAAUUGUUUGUAGUGAGAUUAGGGACUUGCCAGUAGCCACCUUUUGUGACCACACAGCAACAUCAUUUUGUAAAUGCUGUCCAUUGACCUCUGAGCCCUCAAAUAGUGACCACCACCCCCAACAACUUUAUCACUUCCCCAGGAGUCGUCAUUACAUGAGUCUGAAAAUACCUCGUAUUACAUAUUUGCAUUAGUAGAAAAUGACCCAGCUGGUCGUGUCAUUAGGAUAAAUAAUGUCAAUAAGAUUAUGAUAGGUUUGUAAAUUGUGUAGUUAAGCUUCUGUUAUAAGUUGUUGGGUUUUCUCUAUCUGUUAACCCUUAAACUGUUGUGGAGAUGUUGUGGUAGCUCUUUAGUCUGUCAGUGAUCUGGUCAUGUAGUAGUGGAAUAUGUGGUUGAUACUUAAGAGUACGUCUCACUAGAUUAGUGUUAGAUGAGGCUUAUAAGCUUUAGCUAGUGGUGCCAAAACACGUCCGCAUGAGGAAUUUUUGUCAUGCAUCCAUCUAUUAACCUUAUUAAUCAUCGUGAGCAUGAGAACUUAAACCACCUUAAAGGGGUACUCCAUUACAUUCAGUUUAUACGUCACACAGAUUACUGCUCAGCCUGUAAAACGGUUGUAUAAUGCCGUCUGCAGCUCUGGAGGAGUUUUGUCAAAGUUGAGAAGUUGACCCUGAUGAUGUCAUGAUGAUG